UAUUUCUUUCUCCCCAAUUUUAAUAUUUCUGUUUAUGCUCACUAUUUGCUCUCCUUUUUCUCUAUAAAUUCCCUUCUCAAAUCCCCUCAAAGCCCUCUUCUCCCUUUGGUCCAUAGUUGUUUCCUCAAGGCUCCAGCUUAAACCUGUAGCUUCCUUGCUCUUGUUUUUGCUUUGAGAUCUUGUGUUCUUUCUGGUUUCUUGGUUCAAGAUCACCAAACCCAUCUUGAAAUCCUGCUGUUCUUGGGUUUUUUUUUUUUCUGUCAAGAUCCCAUUUUCUUGACCUCAAAUCUCAGAAAGGUCCAGACUUUAUUAUGCUGGUUUGGGUUUUUUGAGCCUUUUCAAAUACCCAGUUCACAGACUUUCUCAGGGCUUGGUUUGUUGUUUAGGUUUUCAAGAAAUUUAUCUUGAUGCUUAACCUCUUGUUCUUGAUGUUUGAGAUUCAUGUCUCCAACUCUGAGUGAACUCCUUCUAUCCGAGUGUAUGAUAUCUUCCACAUAUAGGCGCAGGACCCAUUUAGUUCAGUCAUUCUCAGUUGUCUUCCUCUACUGGCUUUACUACGUUUCAUAGGUCCCAAAUUCUGAUAAUAGGCCCCAAACAAUCUAUAUUAUAGCUAUUAUUUACUAUUUUCUCUGCAAUAUAUAUUUAAGUUUAUGCUGCAUCUGGGUCCUGUUUUUACCUAAUUAUCUGUCUAGAGUUACUCUUAAUUACUGUCGAAAUCUGCAAAAAAGUUUCUGGGUUUCCAAUGGCUUCUUCUAGUGGAACAUCCUCUGUUUCCUCCAUGAUUCAAAACUCUGGCUCUGAAGAAGACUUGCAGGCUCUGAUGGAUCAGAGAAAAAGAAAGAGAAUGUUGUCGAAUCGUGAAUCUGCAAGAAGGUCUAGGAUGAGGAAACAGAAGCACUUGGAUGAUCUGACGGCGCAGAUGGCUCAGCUGAGGAAGGAGAAUCACCAGAUCAUCAGCAGCCUCAACGUCACAAGCCAGCAUUACAUGAACAUUGAGGCUGAGAACUCUGUGCUCAGAGCCCAAGUGUCUGAGCUCAGCAACAGGCUGCAGUCUCUGAAUGAGAUCAUCGCUUUCUUGAAUGCAAACCAUGGUGGUUUUGUUGAGGAUUCAAGCAACAACAACUUCACUGAGCCUAGUGCUGAUUGCUUCUUCAACCCUUUGAAUCUUUCAUAUCUGAACCAUCCCAUCAUGGCUUCUGCAGAGAUGUUUCAGUACUGAUCUCCAGGGGAUUAAUUCUUUGGAUUCUGGAUUAAGAAAGAGGGACAGAGAGAGCCAGCGUAAUUAGUCUAAGGUGGGAGGAAUCUCACUGUUAAUUAGAUGGUGUUAAUUAAGGAAUAAUUUAAUGUGCAAAAAACAAUGAGUUUGUGGUAUUGUGUUCUUGGUUUGUAAAAUAUGGGGGCUAUUAUAAUAGCUAAUGUAGCUGUAUUUGUUAUAAUAAUGUAGUUCUCUUCAACUUCUCUUUC